AUGAUCCGUGCUAGUUUCGUUGCUUCCAUUUUUUUCAUUGUCGCUGUCCAUUCUGAAAUUUUGAAUAAGAAUUCGGAAAAUGUGGAAAUUCAACAACUCUUCAACAUGAAAGCAGCGGCAAUUGAGAGAGGAUUAUCUGCGGAUUUAGUGCAAGAAGGACAAUCGUCGGAUUUGAUUGUUCGUGCCGAGAGAUAUUACGGAUGCGGUUGCGGCUGUGGAUGCGCUAAAGUUGCAAUAGUUUCUGCAGCUCCAUGUGCUGGAUGUUGUGGAUGCGGAUAUGGAAAAUAA